CGUCGUCUCUUGGAUCGGAAGCCAACCGUUCCCCCGAUGCUUAAGAAAUUAGUUAUUCAGAUAGCUUAGCUAGGAGGCUACUUACUGUGCUGUAUGUCUCUCUCAGUCUGAAAUUUUAAUGGCAACAGUGGAGGCGGCGGUCCGGCGAUACCUAGAAAGCGGCAAGCCGCCCGCGCUCCUCCCGGCGCUCUUCAAGCACUGCUGCCUCCUUCCCAAGGAAAACGCAUCGGCGGCUCUGGCCUCGCAGCUCCACGCCGACGCCUGUAAGCGCCCUCUCUCCGCCGCCGCAUCCAACUCCCUCCUCUCCUGCUACCUCCGCACCGCCCGCCACGACCUCGCCGUUGCCCACUUCCGAUGCCCAUCCACACCCAGGGACGACGUCACCUACAACACCCUCUUCGCCCACCUCCCGCCAUCACCGCCGGCCUCCUUCUUCGCCUCUCUCCGCUUCUUCCGCCCCAAUGUCGCCACGCUCCUCGCCCUUGUACGCGCCUCUUCCGAUUAUCCAACCGUCGUCCAUGCCUACCUCCUCAAGACGGCCUACAGCCACAUGGGUGGCACCACCCUCCAAAACUCCCUGCUCGCAAUGUACGCCGCCUUCGGUGACUCCCUCGCCGCAGCCACUCUGUUCGACGAAAUGCCAGACCGAGAUGUCGUGUCCUGGACAUCCAUGAUCGGGGCGUCCCUAGCAGGGGGGUCCGCGGAUCAAGCCCUGGGCCUCUUCAGGGAUAUGGUUGCUGACGGAACGCUGGAGCUCGAUGGGGUUGUCCUGGUCGUUGCUAUCCGUGCUUGUGCCAUGCUCGAGCAUGCCGCGCUCGGGAGCUCCCUGCACGCCGUCGCGGAACGCCGUGGGUUGCAAGGCGAUGAUGUCUUUGUCCCCAACUCACUCGUCGACAUGUAUGCCAAGUGUCAUGAUUUGCAUUCCGCAAGAAAGGUGUUCGACCUUAUGGCACAUAGGAAUGUGGUGUCCUGGAACAGCAUGCUGUCAGGGCUCGUGCACGCUGACCGCUGCGAAGAGGCACUAGAACUGGCUGCGUCUUCAUCCUUGCUGACGGGCAACGGCGAUGUUUAUUUUGAUGAGACAACGUUGGUGGUGCUCCUGCAGCUGUGCAAGAAGCUUGAUGGUCAGGCCAUGUGGUGCAGGUCAGUCCAUGCCACGGCUUUGAGGAGGCUCUUAUCGUUGUCAAGCAUGCCGCUGGUGAAUGCGUUGCUGGACACCUAUGCCAAGUGUGGCCUGCUCGACUACUCUCUCAGGCUCUUCGAAGGGAUGCGCGAGAAGAAUGUCGUCACCUGGAGCACCCUCAUUGCUGGUUGCGCUCACAAUGGCAGACCACAAGAGGCGAUGGCGUGCUACGUUGCAAUGAGGGAGGCCGGCGAGAUGCCCAACUCAAUCACCAUGUUGAGCCUCCUGGAAGCGUGUGCCUAUUGUGCAGAAAUGAGGGCGUCGAGAUGCGCCCAUGGCGUCGCAAUCAGGAGUGGACUAGCCUUAGAGCGGGACGUCAGCAAUGCUCUGGUGGACAUGUACGGCAAGUGCGGCGACAUUGCUGCGUCUACAAGUGUGUUCGACAUGAUGCCCAGCAAGGAUGUGCUCACCUGGAACUCAAUGAUCGGUGCUUUGGGGAUGAACGGCCGUACACUGGACGCACUUGCCAUCCUUGACAGGAUGGAGCGGGAAGAUGAAGGCGUAAACCCAAACGGCAUCACGAUGCUCACCGUGCUGUCGGCAUGCGCUCAUGGUGGGCUGGUCGAAGAGGGCAUGGCCUGCUUCGAGAGGAUGACCGCGACAUACUCGCUGCAGCCUCAGGUGGAACACCUGUCAUGCGUCGUUGACAUGCUUGCCCGUGUGGGGGACCUUGAAGGAGCGGUGAAGAUCAUCGAGGAGAGGAUGUCCACCACCAACAGUCCAGCAGCCUGGAGUGCGUUACUGAGCGCCUGCAGAAGCCACAGCGACUUCAAGGUAGGACGGGAUGCGGCGUCCCGUGUCCUGGAGCUGGAACCGGGCAACUCAGCAGGGUACCUGCUGUCCAUGAGCAUGCCAGGUGAGACGGCACGGAUGCGGUGGCUGAUGAGGGAGAGAGGAGUGAAGGUGACAAGCGGACACAGCGUGGUGUACAUAGGGCAGGAGGCACACAGGUUCGUGUCAUGGGAUGGAUGUCACCCGCAUAGAGCGCAGGUUUACUCCAUGCUACAUCUUGUGCAUCAACAAAUACUGCCACCUACACAUUCAAAUCACCGUCUUCAUCAUCUUAUCUUAUCAUGUACCAAUGCUACUGAUUAAUCGUCACAUUCAUCUGAAUCGUCGGACAUAUUAUACUACGUACCAAAGGCCCACGUAUGCUUAAUUAGUUUCAUCAUUGCCCUCAGCCUUGUGGCUUGGCACCUAUCAGCGUCGCUAGUCGUGGUCUUCAUAUAUAUCUGUAUAAUAUGAUUCUCUUGAGGUUUCCGGAGAACAAUGAAAGUCCACAGGCUGGUCCUGCAGGCAGCAGGAUAU